AUGUGGACAGCAGCAAAGAAAAUUAAAGAUGAUGAUUUUUCAGAAUUUGAUGAUUUUGAUGAAGAUGAAUUUGUUGUUGAAGUUCCAUCUUCAUCUGGUGCUAAUCAAUUACCAAUUAAAACACAAUCAAAAAAAUCUGAUGUAGUAUAUAAUGAUGGUUCAUCUCAAUCAUCAAUGAGUCACACAACAGAACAAAUACUUAGUGAUGAUGUUACUAUUGAUGAAGAUGAAGACGAUGAUCUUAUGUUUGAUGAAGAAGAAUUUGAAACGUCUGAUUCAUUUCCAUCUUCAUCAUCAUAUGUGUCAUCUAUAUCUGAUCUUAAAAUUACUGAAGUACCUACUAACUUAACGGGUAAUCAUUGGGAAGCUUAUCAUUGUGAAGCUGUAAUGGUUCUUGUACUUCUUGGUUAUUUAAUAAAUUUUCUUGUUGGUCGUUCGAAAAAUGCUCGCCUUGCUUCAAUUAUUUAUCGUUCACAACGUGAUUUACUUGAUAGAAAUUUUGCUCUUGUUGGUGAUAAUGGUCAAACACGUAGUAUUCAAUCAACCGAUGAUCAAAUGAAUAAUGAUUUAACAACAAAUAAUAUGCAUAAAGAAUCAGAAAGUUUAUAUAUACUUUGGUGUAGUGGACGAACAUCUAUUGAAAAUAUGCUUAUUGAAAUACGUUUUAUAAAACGACAAUGUUUAUUUAAUUCAUUAGCUGCUAUGAUCAAAUCAAUAAAUGAUACAAUUAUUUAUACAAUUGAUUAUAGUAAAGAUGAUAUGGAAACAUUUGUAUUUUGUUUAGCUAAAAAACGUUGUGCUGCUAAAUUACAUCGUGAUAUGAAUGAUCUUAGUCAAUUUUGUUCGGAAAGAAAAAAUGCUGAGAAACGUGGUUUAAGUGGAAAUUAUCAAAUAUUAAAUGAAAUUGGUGAAGUAUCAAGUACAAUCAUUGAUAAUCGAGUAGCAGAUUUUAUUGAAAAAUUUCCUGAUGCACUCGAAUAUAUUCAUAUUAGUGAUCAAUAUACAGGUAUGAAAGUACAAAAUGAUACUCAACAACCAUCACCUAAUACACCAAAUCCUACUAAUUCUCCACCAACCACUGGUACUGCAGCUCAACAACAAGAUGCAUUAAAUACAAGUGAACGUUCUGUUCGUCGUGUAUUAAUUAUUGCAUUUAAUUUAGUUGCACGUAAUGAUCGUUCAUUACAAGUAACAACUGAAAGUAUUGGAAGUGAUUAUUUACGUUUUGUAUUACAUUUAAUUGAACGUGUUAGUUCAUUUCGUUUUACAUCCAAAGAAUCAAAAACAAAAGCAAUUAAAAAUCGUCAACGUAUUGAAGAACAAUUCCUAAAAAAUGUUUAUCAACAAAGACAAGAACAAGCUCAACAAAGACGUGAAGAAAAACGUCGUGCUGAAAAAGAAAAAAUUAUGCAAUCCGAUGAUCCUGAAAGACAACGUAAAUGGGAAGAAAAAGAACAUAAACGUGAAAUGAAAAGACGACAACCAAAAAUGAAACAAAUGAAAGUUAAAGCUAUGUAA